AUGGCUCCUUCUCUGCUUCUCCGCCUCCCCACCACUACCACCACCGCAAGUAUCUUCCAUCGUUCAAAUUACAUAAAACCCAAAAAAAUUUCGACCCAAAUCAGCUGCAUUGGAUGGGACCCGGAAGGCGUAUUAGGACCGCCGCGAGGAGGGCACAUAGCUCGAUUAGAGUUCAAGAAGCGGCUGGAAAAAGAUGCCGGUGCCAGAGAAGCUUUUGAACGCCAAGUCCGCCAAGAGAAAGAACGCCGCCGAGCUCUUCGUGAUUCUCGGGGCGUACCAAAUACUCCAGCGGAAUUGGUUGAGUAUUUUCUUAAUACUGAAGCUCAAGAGAUCGAAUUUGAGAUUGCCCGAUUGAGACCCAAAUUGAAUGACGAAUUCUUUGCGCACAUUAAACUUGAGUUGGGAAAAAUUAAAUUCGCUGUGACAAGAACUCAGGAUAUGGAGGACAGAUUAGCUGAACUGGAACUUCUGGAGAAAGCCUUGCAGGAAGGAACAGAAGCCUAUGAUAAAAUGCAAGCUGAAUUGGUUACUGCAAAGAAGAGUUUGGCCAAAAUUUUGACAUCACAAGAUAUAAAGAAAACACUACUCGAGAUGGUUGAGCUGAAUGAGCUGAAUAGAUCCCUAUUGACUCUCCUUGAUGAAAACAUUGCUGGUGCACAACGUGCCAACCAGGAGGCUUUUGAAAAAAGAACUGCCAUAACAAAAGAAUUAUUAGAUUACGAAAAUUUCACUGUUAACUUCAAUAAUUUGGAGUGA